CAUAAUUUUUUUCUGUAAAUAAUUCACAGACUUCCUGCAAGUAACAAUGAGAUUUUAAAAUAAAACUUUUUUUAUGACGUCUUGGGAAAUUACACACAGAAAAAAAUGUUUCUGAUAAUUCGUAGACGAACUAUUGACAUGAUUAAUACAACAAUCUCUUGAUCAAUCAUGGAUUCAAUGUUCGUUCUGUUGAUAACCCCGGACGAACACAACGUCACGUCCUUGACCGAAGACGAACUGCAGCAGCUGGACAAACUGAAACAGGACUUGAGGAUUAUAUUCCUGACCAUCCCAUUCUUUCUCUUAGCCUUUGGAAUACCAGGGAAUAUCCUAACCAUCAUGGUGCUAAGAAGCCGGUCGAUGAAGGACAAUGUCUUUUCCUAUUACCUGAUCAGCAUGUGUUCCUUCAACUUGCUGACGCUUUCAGUCAACCUGCCACGCUACAUCAACAAGGGCAUCACGGGAAAGGAAGUCAACAUUGCCAACAAGAACUUUUGCGCAUUCUACCGCUAUAUCUCCACGACCCUUGUGGCUAUCUCAGACUGGCAUCUAGUGGUCAUCACAGGGGCAAGAUUGUUUUUUCUUAUUGACAGAGGAAAGAAAUAUACACAUCUGUAUUCCUCCCCGUUUUCAACCAUUUUCUCUCUCUCCCUCAUAAUGGUCUUGUUCGAAGUACCAGCCGUUGGAUUCUGGAUCCGGUUCAAAGACGAGAACGGGAACCCAGUAGAGUGCUACCUCCCCGGAGAGUCGCUCCUGGUUCACUUGCAACUAUGCGUGCAGACUCUUAUUCCCGCUGCCCUGUUGAUUUGCUUGAAUAUCUGGAUCCUGCACAUCCACAGGGUCCAGGAGUCGGGUCUGAUGGAAACUGAAGCUACCAGUAAAUUGAGGAAACAGUUGCUUGUUCUAGUCUUCCUGUCGAACUUCCAGUUUAUCGUCUCCGUCUUCCCUCUGACAAUUGUCUAUCCAAACAUGAGAUUAUUCUUCAACAUGUCAACUAGUCUAGGCAGAGCCAAGUCAAAUAUAACUUUUGGGGCUGUGGCCCUCCUGUUGUAUUCAACGUACGCAACCGACUUCUUGGUUUACUGUUUCUUCGGACGGAAGUUCAGAAAAGAAUUGUUCAAACUUCUGCACCCACUCUGCAGCAAGCUCUUCCCUCAUCGGUACAACGUUUCAGAUCACAGCAAGUCGGACGUCUCCGACACUGUCAGGAGUCGAGCCGCAAGUAAACCAAACUCCUUGAGUCUAGUGCAUAAAAAGUCCAUUGCGGAUCAACUCCCCAAGGGGCAAUCUGUCUCGCCCUCGGUGCACCCAUCAGAGGUCACAAGUGGGUCCUCCUCUGACGUCUCGCAGUCGCCGCCCAUUUUUAGAAACUUACUGCGAUGGGGAGCCCGGAUGUCCUUAAGAAAUCCCAAGUCGGGUGAUACACUGUACUGACCUGAAUGACCUCCCUGCAGACGUGAAGGUGUGAACAAGACUUAAAAAUUUUUUUUCCUCCAGUUCAUAACCAGACUUAAGUUUUAUUGUAAUUGUCAGAAUAAUUAAUUAAAGAAAUAAUUUUUA